CCUGUGACAGGGAGGACCGGCCUCUAAGUGACCACCAUCUGUGUGUCUCUGUGUACAUCCUGCUGGCCCUGCGAUCUCCUCCAUCCACUCAGCUGAGGCCACAGGGAGAAGACGCCAUGACCCCCACCCUCAUGGCCCUGCUCUGCCUCGGGCUGAGUGUGGGCCUCAGGACCCCAGUGCAGGCAGGGCCCCUCCCCAAGCCCACCCUCUGGGCUGAGCCAGGCCCUGUGAUCCCUCGGGGGAGCCCCAUGACCAUCUGGUGUGAGGGGACCCCAGGGGCUGAGGAGUACCGUCUGGAGAAAGAGGGAAGCCCAGCACCAUGGAAAAGACAGAAGCCACAGGAGCCAGGAGACAAGGCCAAGUUCUCCAUCACACACAUGACAGAGCAUGAUGCAGGGAUAUUUCGCUGUUACUACCUCAGCUCCAAAAGCGGGUCAGAGCGCAGUGACCCCCUGGAGCUGGUGGUGACGACAGGAUCCUACAGCAAACCCAGCCUCUCAGCCCUGCCCAGCCCUGUGGUGACCUCAGGAGGGAAUGUGACCCUCCAGUGUGGCUCAGGGCAGGGAUUUGACAGGUUCCUUCUGACUAAGGAAGGAGAUCACAGGCUCUCCUGGACCCUGGACUCAGAGCCACGGCCCAGGGGGCAGUUCCAGGCCCUGUUCCCUGUGGGCCCUGUGACCCCCAGCCACAGGGGGACAUUCAAAUGCUAUGGCUGUUACAGGAACAGGUCCCAUGUGUGCUCACACCCCAGUGAUGCCCUGGAUCUCCUGGUCCCAGGUGAGUCUGGGAAGCCCUCCCUCCUGAGCCAGCAGGGCCCCAUCGUGACCUCUGGUCAGAGCCUGACCCUCCAGUGUCGCUCUGAUGUCGGUUAUGACAGAUUCGCUCUGCACAAGGAGGGGGGACGGGACCUCCCCCAGAGCCUUGUCCUGCAGCCCCAGGCCGGGCUUUCUCAGGCCCACUUCCCCCUGGACACUGUGAGCAGCUCCCACGGGGGCCGGUACAGAUGCUACGGUGGAUACAAUCUAUCCUCUGAGUGGUCGGCCCCCAGUGACCCCCUGGACAUCCUGGUGGCAGGACACCUGCCUGACAGACCCUCCCUCUCGGUGCAGCCAGGCCCCAGGGUGGCCUCAGGAGAGAACGUGACCCUGCUGUGUCAGUCACAGAGCCCGAGGGACACGUUCCUUCUGUCCAAGGAGGGGGCAGCCGAUCCCCCCCUGCGUCUGAGAUCAGAGCACCAAGCUCAGCAGUACCAGGCAGAGUUCUCCAUGAGCCCUUUGACCUCAGCCCACGGGGGCACCUACAAGUGCUACAGCUCAAACAUCACCUCCCCCUUCCUGCUGUCACUCCCCAGUGAGCCCCUGGAGCUCCUGGUCUCAGGUGAGGGCCCCUGA